UGCAGGAGUAUAGGUCGAUGGUAUUGGGUUCAUCUGAGCACAUUUCCAAUGGGGUUAGCGGAAUGUCAAAGCAAGAAAUUCUGGCUGAGUUUAAGAAGACAAGGGAGCACUUAGAAGAAUUGAGAAGGGAGAAUGAAGAAUUGAGAAGGGAGAAGGAGGAGCUCAAUUCUAGGGUUACUGAUAUAGAGACAAUGAUAAGAGCAAUGACACCAAAGAAGUGAUAGAAUCUGCAGGGGAUGAUGACCUUGGAGCCAGCGUGGCUGGUUUCACGCAGGAACCGACGCGAUGGGGCAAAACAUAUUAAUGAGUCCAGCUUACCGACUUUUACAGUAAAAGUUUUGCUAGUGCAGCAGUGGAACUUUUAAUUUUCCUAAUCACGUAGUUUAACUCAUCAUUUUUACCAUUUUUACCAAGCAAGGAGUUAUUGGGUGUCUAUCAAGGAGUUAUUUACGGAUUCCCUCAGUAGCCUCAUCAGUUUGAUUUAUGUUUUAAAUUUUUACAAACAUAUUUAAACUUUAUUAUUUUCU